AUGAUUACUACUAUCGAUUCACGGAAUUUCUGUGAUGCUUUCAAUAAAAUAGAAAGUUUACUUAAAAAAGCCACAUUUGUUGCUAUCGAUUUUGAAUUUUUUGGUCUUCCAAAACAUUUACAACAACAAUAUCAACCUUCUUUAUCAGACACACCAGAUAAAAGGUAUAUUAAAUUAGCAAAAGGAGUUAAAUCAUUUCCUCCCUGUCAAAUGGGAUUGACAUUAUUUAUGGAGAAAGAUGAUGGAAAAGCUUAUGAUGUACAUCCAUAUAGAAUGUAUCUUUACAAACAUACUUCAUUAAUAGAUGAUGGGAAUGAUGGUGUUAAUUUUUGUAAUUCUCAGGAAUUGGAACGUUACAAAAAAUUACUAAUAAGUGAUUUUCCAGAUUUUUCAUUUCUUGGUGAUAGUUUUACUACAAAAUUAGAAACAUUAAAAAUUGAAUUAGAAGGAAAAAUGGAUUUAUGUUCAUCUCCUCCUGAAUUGGAUUCUUCUACGUUUUCAAGGAAUUUAUCUUCAUCACAAUUAUCAAUAAGGCAACAUUCAGCAUUAGUAGUAAAUAAUAAUUCUGAAUUAGAAUAUAGUAGUGGAGUUGUUUAUACAUAUUUUUUAACAGGUGAAGUUACUGUUGCAUCAAGUUAUGAUAGUAAACAUGUAUUAUGGAAUGAACCACUUAGUCAAUUAGAAAUUAAUGCUGUUUUAUAUGAUCUAACUUUACGAUAUCCAUGGUAUACAUUUAAUAUUGAAGAUGGUUAUAAACUUAAAGCUAUGCAUGUUCAAACAAAAGCUGGUUAUGAUUCAAGAGUAGCUAUAGCAAGAAAUAAUUUAUUAUAUAGUAUUUCUGGUGCAUCAAAUAUUAUUGAAGCUUUGUCAAAAACUACAAAUUUACCAAUUGUUCUUCAUAACUCUAGUUUGGAUAUCUUUUAUUUAUAUGAAUAUUUUGUUGAACCAUUACCUAUGGUUUAUGAAACAGCUAAAAGAUAUAUCAAUUUUACAUUUCCUUCUAUUAUUGAUACUAAAUUUCUUAGUAUGAUAUGUAGUUCGGUUUUUAAAAAUGAUUGUCACAGAUUACAUGGUUAUGAUUUAAAAUAUUUAAAGAAAUAUUUUGAUUCAAAAAAUUCAUUAAACAAAAAAAUAUCUGGUCUUAGUUUAAUGAAUAUUGAUAUACAUCUUUUUUCUAAAAUAUCAAGAAAAAAAAUUAAAACAGCUACAAAAUAUCAUGAUGCUGGUAAUGAUUCAAUGAUAACAGGAGAAGUUUUUUUAAGACUUGCAAGUUGUUAUGUAUUAAGUAUUCAAUCAAACAUAUCAAAUAUGUCUAUAUCAUCAUUAAAACCAUUAAAUUAUCGUUUUCGUGAUUUAAUGUAUAUAAUGAGACCAGCAGUAGUUAAUAAAAUACCAUUGGCUUUUAUUUCUACUCCAUUUAUGAAUCUUGCAGGUCAAGAUCCUGAACCCUUUGAAUUAUAUCAUAUUUUACUUAGAAAAAAAAGAUUUCACUUUGAUGGUGUUAAUGGAAGUAAUUUAAUAAUGAAUUGGAUUAAAAAUCAAUUUUUAAAAAUUUCAAAAGAUGAUUUUGAUAUGGUAAAUGAGCAAAUUAAACAUGAGCUUAGUAUGAUCUCUAUGACGGCAAAAAAUAAAUAUGAAAUAAAAAUAAAGGAGGAUGGAAAUAGAAUUGAAAUUUGUUCUCUAAGCCAUGAUGUGCAUUCUGAAAUUCUUAGAAUAUUUGGAAACAAUCGAUCCAACACAUUUGAAAUAUGUGAUUCCUGUAAAGCAUUUGCAAUAUAUGGAAAUACACUAAAUGAGAAAAAAUCAUUUUUUGGUUCAUUAUUUAAAAAUAAUAGUUUGGGAGCAACUGCAUAUGUUAUUUCAUGCGUUUCUUUAAUUGCGGGUAUUUCAAUUAUUGCCAGUAUCUCAAAUAAUUGGUCUCCCUUAAGUAUUAAAUAA